AUGGAAGAGUUUUGUUUACUGCUGAAUGAUGAUGAGAUUGUUGCUGCUGAGGCUCCUGGAGUCCAGAUUGAUCAACCAGAAGUGCAGGCACCUACUGUGGCCAUUCACACUUCACCAGUUGAGCUCGCACAACAAGCUCGAUCGGCAGCUCGAUCGAGUCGACAUCUAGCUCGAUCGAGUCCGACCUCAUCUGUCCCAAAGCCGAUUUUGCUUGAUCCUUACCAACCGGUUGACACUUCCUCGUCUCGCCUACUUAGUCAAGGGCACAAGGAAGUGAUUCACAAGUUCAGAAGAGAUCUUAGUGGGAUUGGAAUUGAGUUGCCUCCUAUGGAAAGCAUGAGUGAGGCAUUUGAUCAAAUGCAAAUGGUCAAGGAUCAAGGGAAAUUCACUCUCCCUUGCACACUUGGGCAUCUUGAGCUUGACAAUGCCUUGGUGGAUUCUGGAGCAAGCAUCAAUCUGAUCUCUCUCUCAAUGGCAGAGAAGCUAGGCAUUGCUGGAGCCUUGCAGCGCCCUACUACUUCAAUCAUGUUUGGAGAUGCAACUUCUAAAGAGCUACAAGCUUUGUUUGAUGAGCCACUAGGAAGGGCUCUAAAAGAAGGGGAGGAUGUAGCCUCUAAGGCAAGACCAGGUGAUAAAAGAAAGGAACCAGCUCAGGCCCCUUCAUUCAAGACAUCUCAGCUCACAAUGACUUUGUUCCCCACCAAGUUUGAAAAUGGGAAGAUUGCGUACAAGAUAAGGUACAAGAGGAGAUCAAGGCCAUUCUCUAGAGCCAAAGCCUUGGUGACUUCAGAACAGUCCAGGGACCCAACCAAGCUAAAGGAGCUUCUGUCUCAAGUCCUCACUAUUACCCUUGAUGGUGGGACUAGCUCAACCAAUGCCUAA